AUGUCUUCAGGUAGAAGAGAAUCAAUUGAAUCAACGGGACAUCCAGUCCAACUUACUGGUGAAAAUGUUUUAUCUGAAAUUGGAGAAUCUGCUCCACAAUCAGUUAGUCCUUCUCAAUUAUCAUUACAAGUUUCAUCGAUGAUUUCUGAUGAUGAACAUGUUGUUAUAAAUGAUAAAGUAGUUAAACGAAGUGAAUUAAUGCCUCCAUUUGCAGGAACAUUUAAUCCUGGUUUAAAACCAUGGCCUAAACAUGAAUUUGGUAAUGCUGCAGCUAUUGGUUUAGCAGCUUUUUCAUUGACUGCUUUUGUAUUAGCAUUAUAUUUAGCUAAUGCAAUGGGAAUCGAAAAUAUUUCUGUAGUUGUUGGUUUAUCUGUUUUUUAUGGUGGUGCUGUACAAUUUCUUGCUGGAGUUUGGGAAUUAGCUAUUGGUAAUACAUUUAGUGGUACUGCUUUUACAAGUUUUGGUGCUUUUUGGUUAAGUUUUGCAGCUAUAUAUAUUCCUGCUUUUGAUAUUGUAAGUAGUUAUGGAGAUGAUGUGGAACAAUUGAAUAAUGCACUUGGAAUAUAUUUAAUUGGAUGGGGAAUAUUUUCAUCUAUGUUAACUUUAGUUACUGUUAAAUCUACAAUACCAUUUGUUGUUUUAUUUGUUACUUUAGAUUUUUCAUUUUUUAUAUUAGGUGCUGGUUUUAUGACUGGUAGUAAUCGAUGUGUUAGAGGUGGUGGUUGUUCAUUGGCAAUUUCAGCAUUUGCAGGUUGGUAUUCAUGUUUUAGUGGUCAAGCAACGUCAAAGAAUAGUUAUAUUAAAUGGCCCGCUGGUACAUUACCUAUUAAACAUAGAUUUAGGAAGAAAAUACCAGCAUAG